CGACCAUGCAAUAAAGACCGAGUGUAGUGAUUUGGUGGAGCAGCCAUGUAUCCAAAGUAUAAUCAUGCGCAGUUUACACAGACUCACAGUUUUGUAGAAGAAAAGAUGAAAGUGAUGGUUAAAGGUGAUUGAAGCACCGCUCAACUGAUAUUGGAAUUCAAGGCAAGAAUUUAAAGAAGCAAAGAAAGCAUGAAAUGUUUAGCGAACUAUCUUUCUUGACAGAAGGCUAUGUAAAUUGCACAAAUAUCGAAAACAAAGCUUUGUACUUUGUUGUUUUAACAGAGGAAGAAGAAAGGAAUUGUUCUUUUUGGUUUCUUCAAGUGAUCUAGCUUACAGUAGGCUCUACCACUGUUUCGCGAGUAUGUCUAGUGAUAAACGAAUAAUAUUCGUUUUGUUUUCGUCCUUAUUUGUGAUUGCUUAUUGCAAUUACACAAAUCAAGUCUUCGAGAAGAUUAAGGGGGAUAUAAUCAUCUCUGCCAUGUUUCCAAUAACCGUUAGAGAGAAUGUAACAAUGAUGGGUGAGCAGAAUUGUGCUUACUUUCCUCUUGGGAUCUCCCUCUUCGAAGCAUUUCGUUACGCUGUGAAAAAGGUAAAUGACGAAGGCAUCUUAAAAGGAAUGACUUUGGGUUACGAUGUUUAUGAUACUUGCAGCAGAGUUGAUAAAUCAGUUGAAGUAGCCUUGGAUGUACUUCAGCUUGUAAAAGAUGAGUCUGUGUUGGCGAAAAGAAAGACCAGCAAACACAUUGCUGUCAUUGGAGCGGGAAAGAGUGAAUUGUCUAUCACAGUCAAUGAUAUACUGAGUACCUAUAAUAUUCCACAAGUUGGUUAUGCCUCCACAUCUAAGAUAUUAAGCAACAAGUACAGAUUUCCAACCUUCUCUCGAACAGUUCCAACCGACAUUUCACAGGCCAAGGUAAUUGCAAAUAUUCUUAAGAAAUUUGAGUGGACAUAUGCAAUGCUUGUGUAUACAGAUGACAACUAUGGAAGGCCAUUGUACACCUCGUUACUUCGUCACUCUGAAGAGAAUUCAAUCUGCUUUGCAGAAAUAUCAAUGCUUCCUAACCAUGUCACAGAUGAAAUGUUGGCUGAUGUUGUUGAGAAAUGGAAAAAGCAUGACACAGCUGGUAUCGUUGUGGUGUUUCUAAGUGGUAUCAACUCGGAACGUUUGAUUGAAAUGGCCAAGUUGAAUAACAUUUCAAAGAAAGUCUGGGUUUUCACAGCAACUUGGUACAAUGUACCCGAGAUAUUUAGUGAAAAAAAUGCACAAUUCCUUGAUAGCUCAAUUGGAGUGAUAGACAAAAUUAUCGAUGUGCCAAAAUUUGAUUCUUAUUUUACUACCAGAGUAAGCAUAUGGAGAGAUAACAUUGCUGAAGCGAAGAUAUUGCAGGAUAUAAAAACUAAAGAUAAUAUUGAGGAUAUUAAACAUGAUAACAAGUUUAACUUUCAACUUUUGGCUAAAGCACCAUACGUAAUCAAUGCAGUCCUAGCUGUUGUCGAUGCCAUUAAUAUCUUCUGUGCAGAAAGAUUUAUAAAUUCAACGACUAAUUGCCAGAAGAAAAUCAAGCCAAGUUCGAUUCUUCCGUACCUUAAAAACACCAAUUUCAAAGGUAUAACUGAACAGGAUGUCUUUCUAGAUAAAUAUGGUGAUUCCGUGAACAACACAAUUGAUAUUUAUUCAUUUCAACAUUUUAAAAGCGACGCAAGCAAACACGUACUAGUUGGAGCAUACAAUGGUUCUAGUGACAAUCUGACGUUGUAUUUUAACAAAUUUAACUGGAGUGGGAACAUACCACCGAUAUCAAGAUGCAGCAAUCCGUGUCCUAAAGGAAUGCACAGAGUUAUUAACGUAAUGGCAUCGUGUUGCUGGAAAUGUAUAAAAUGCCCAUUUGGGACAUUUAGUAAUGAAAGCAAUUCAGUUAACUGCAGAGCGUGCACUUCAGGAAGUAAACCGAAUCAGAAUCAAACAGGAUGUGAAAUAAUUUCUUACAUUUUUAUGCGAUGGAAUAAUCCUUGGGCAAUUGUAAUCUCGAUGUUAUCGGUGAUAUCAACGCUCACCUCAUUAACAUUUUUCUUGAUUUUUUGUUAUUACAGAAGUACGCCGGUCGUUCGUGCAUAUGAUUGUGAAUUCAGCCUAUUUCUUCUGCUCUCCAUAACGAUUGGUUUGUCGUUACCUCUCAUGUAUCCAGGAGAACCAACGGACUUUCGAUGUCGAUUGCAAGAUGUACUUCCCGCGGUCGUCUACUCGCUAACGCUAUCAAUAAUUAUAGCAAAAACAAAACGAACAGCUAUUAUAUUUAGCAGUAAAUCUGCGGCGAAUAUUCAAAACGUCCUGGUGCGAAGGAGCGUUCAAUUUACGUUGGUUUUGCUGUCAACAUCAACGCAACUGAUGGUAUGCCUUCUUUGGCUAAGCGGCCGUUCACCAUCAGCAAAAGUGGUAGCGUUACAAGAAAAAUGUCACCUUCUUUGCGACUUCAAUUCCAUCGUUUAUUUUCUCCUCAGCAAAUUUCUACUAAUGUUCUUAAAUACUUGGUGCAUAGCUAUAGCAUUGAGUUCCCGCCGGAUACCCGGGAGUUACAAUAAUUCAAGACAUACUCUAUUUGCUCUGCUGACGUUUAAACUGACUUGGCUGAUGGGUAUAAUUGGUCGGUUUUACGGGCAAUAUGGCAGCAUAGUCGACUCUUUAACAAUCUUAAUUUCCUACUCAUUUUUGUUGCAUCUUAUGUUCUCUUCAAAGAUAUACGUGCUGUUGUUCCGCAAAGAUUUGAAUAAUCAAAGGGUAUUACGUGAACGAGCUUGGGAAUUUACGUUAAGGAAACAGUCAACAUCACUGAACUCGUUGCAACUUUCAACUUCUAUGUUGGAUAUGACAUUCUUAAAAAGAGAGAGCAUAGCAAUGUCUGAUAUCUCAAAACGUGACAAGGGUGUACAAACUGACACGUGUUUGGAGAUACUUAAUAAUGCGUAGAGAUUGCGGCUCAAUUAUUAUCCACUUACAACAAUAUUCAAAGUGUCUCUAAUGUCAAUGUUCAUGAUUUAUGCUCUAAAUUUUGGUAUAAACAAGUUAAUAGCUGACGUCAUAUGCUGACGUAUGCAUGCUGCAUCAUAGAGAUUACAAAUAACACGUGCUAUUUAUAAUUUCUGUGCUGCAUGCAGUUGAACUCUAUAUUUUACAGUAAACUGGACCCCGCCAUUUUGGCUGACAAUGACAAAAUAAAAUUAAAUUGUAAUUUGCUGUUGCUGAAUUAUGGAAAACAC